AUGCCUUUCCAUCACCCCGCCCCAUUCUCCCGCUUUCCAUCACCCCGCCCCAUUCUCCCGCUUUCCAUCACCUCGCCCCAUUCUCCCGCUUUCCAUCACCCCGCACCAUUCUCCCGCUUUCCAUCACCCCGCCCCAUUCUCCCGCUUUCCAUCACCCCGCCCCAUUCUCCCGCUUUCCAUCACCCCGCCCCUUUCUCCCUCUUUCCAUCACCCCGCCCCAUUCUCCCGCUUUCCAUCACCCCGCCCUAUUCUCCCGCUUUCCAUCACCCCACCCCAUUCUCCCGUUUUCCAUCACCCCGCCCCAUUCUCCCGCUUUCCAUCACCCCGUCCCAUUCUCCCUCUUUUCAUCACCCCGCCCCAUUCUCCCUCUUUCCAUCACCCCACCCCAUCCUCCCUCUUUCCAUCGCCCCGCCCCAUUCUUCCGCUUUUCAUCACCCCGUCCCAUUCUCCCUCUUUCCAUCACCCCGCCCCAUUCCCCCUCUUUCCAUCUGCCUGCCCCAUUCUCCCGCUCUCCAUCACCCUGCCCUAUUCUCCCUAUUUCAAUCACCCCGCCCCAUUCUCCCGCUUUCCAUCACCCCGCUUUCCAUCACCCCGCCCCAUUCUCCCGCUUUCCAUCACCCCGCCCCAUUCUCCCUCGUUCCAUCACCCCGCCCCAUUCUCCCUCUUUCCAUCACCUCGCCCUAUUCUCCCUCUUCCCAUCACCCCGCCCCAUUCUCCCGCUUUCCAUUACCCCGCCCCAUUCUCAAACUUUCCAUCACCCCGCCCCAUUCUCCCUCUUUCGAUCACCCCUGCCCCAUUCUCACGCUUUCCAUCACCCCGCCCCAUUCUCUCUCUUUCCAUCACCCCGCCCCAGUCUCCCUCUUUCCAUCACCCCGUCCCAUUCUCCCUCUUUCCAUCACCCCGCCCCAUUCUCCCUCUUUCCAUCAUCCCGCCCCAUCCUCCCUAUUUCCAUCACCCCGCCCCAUUCUUCCGCUUUCCAUCACCCCGCCCCAUUCUCCAGCUUACCAUCACCCCGCCCCAUUCUCCAGCUUUCCAUCACCCCGCCCCAUUCUCCCGCUUCCAAAUACCCCGCCCCAUUCUCCCGCUUUCCACCACCCUGCCCCAUUCUCCCGCUUUCCAUCACCCUGCCCCAUUCUCCCGCUUUCCAUCACCCCGCCCCAUUCCUCGCUUUCCAUCACCCCACCCCAUUCUCCCGCUUUCCAUCACCCCACCCCAUUCUCCCGCUUUCCAUCACCCCGCCCCAUUCACAAGCUUUCCAUCACCCCGCCCCAUUCUCCCGCUUUCCAUCACCCCGCCCCAUUCUCCCGCUUUCCAUCACCCCGCCCCAUUCUCCCGCUUUCCAUCACCCCGCCCCGUUCUCCCGCUUUCCAUCACCCCGCCCCAUUCUCCCGCUUUCCAUCACCCUGCCCCAUUCUCCCGCUUUCCAUCACCCCGCCCCAUUCUCCCGCUUUCCAUCACCCCGCCCCAUUCUCAAGCUUUCCAUCACCCUGCCCCAUUCUCCUGCUUUCCAUCACCCCGCCCCAUUCUCCCGCUUUUCAUCACCCCGCCCCAUUCUCCCGCUUUCCAUCACCCCGCCCCAUUCUCCUGCUUUCCAUCACCCCGCCCUAUUCUCCCGCUUUCCAUCACCCCGCCCCAUUCUCCCGCUUUCCAUCACCCCGUCCCAUUCUCCCUCUUUUCAUCACCCCGCCCCAUUCUCCCUCUUUCCACCACCCCGCCCCAUUCUCCCGCUUUCCAUCACCCCGGCCCAUUCUCCCUAUUUCCAUCACCCCGCUCGAUUCUCCCACUUUCCAUCACCCCGCCCCAUUCUCCCGCUUUCCGUCACCCCGCCCCAUUCUCCCGCUUUCCAUCACCCCGCCCCAUUCUCUCUCUUUCCAUCACCCCGCCCCAUUCUCCCUCUUUCCAUCACCCCGCCCCAUUCUCCCUCUUUCCAUCACCCCGCCCCAUCCUCCCUAUUUCCAUCACCCCGCCCCAUUCUUCCGCUUUCCAUCACCCCGCACCAUUCUCCAGCUUUCCAUCACCCCGCCCCAUUCUCCUGCUUUCCAUCACCCCGCCCUAUUCUCCAGCUUUCCAUCACCCCGCCCCAUUCUCCCGCUUUCCAUCACCCCGCCCCAUUCUCCCGCUUUCCAUCACCCCGCCCCAUUCUCCCGCUUUCCAUCACCCCGCCACAUUCUCCCGCUUUCCAUCACCCCGCCCCAUUCUCCCGCUUUCCAUCACCCCGCCCCAUUCUCCCGCUUUCCAUCACCCCGCCCCAUUCUUCCGCUUUCCAUCACCCCGCCCCAUUCACCCCGCCCCAUUCUCCCUCUUUCCAUCAACCCGCCCCAUUCUCCCGCUUUUCAUCACCCUGCCCCAUUCUCCCUCUUUCCAUCACCCCGCCCCAUUCUCCCUCUUUCCAUCAGCCCGCCCCAUUCUCCCGCUUUUCUUCACCCCUGUUCUGCCAGGCGCUUGUACUUCACAUCUCCCAUCUUCUCCCGCUUUCCAUCACCCCGCCCCAUUCUCCCGCUUUCCAUCACCCCGCCCCAUUGUCCCUCUUUCCAUCACCCCGCCCCAUUCUCCCGCUUUCCAUCACCCUGCCCCAUUCUCCCUCUUUCCAUCACCCCACCCCAUUCUCCCACUUUCAAUCACCCCGCCCCAUUCUCCCGCUUUCCAUCACCCCGCCCCAUUCUCCCGCUUUCCAUCACCCGCCCCAUUCUCCCGCUUUCCAUCAACCCGCCCCAUUCUCCCUCUUUCCAUCACCCCGCCCUAAUCUCCCUCUUUCCAUCACCCCGACCCAUUCUCCCGCUUUCCAUCACCCCGCCCCAUUCUCCCGCUUUCCAUCACCCCGCCCCAUUCUUCCGCUUUCCAUCACCCCGCCCCAUUCUCCCUCUUUCCAUCUCCCCGCCCCAUUCUCCCUCUCUCCAUCACCCCGCCCCAUUCUCCCGCUUUCCAUCACCCCGCCCCAUUCUCCCGCUUUCAAUCACCCCGCCCCAUUCUUCCGCUUUCCAUCACCCCGCCCCAUUCUCCCUGUUUCCAUCAGCCCGCCCCAUUCUCCCCUUUUCCAUCACCCCGCCCCAUUCUCCCGCUUUCCAUUACCCCGCCCCAUUCUCCCGCUUUUUCAUCACUCCGCCCCAUUCUCCCUCUUUCCAUAUCCCCGCCCUAUUCUCCCUUUUUCCAUCACCGCGCCCCAUUCUCCCUCUUUCCAUCACCCCACCCCAUUCUCCCGCUUUCCAUCACCCCGCCCCAUUCUCCCGCUUUCCUUCACCCCGCCCCAUUCUCCCGCUUUCCAUCACCCCGCCCUAUUCUCCCUCUUUCCAUCACCCUGCCCCAUUCUCCCGCUUUCCAUCACCCCGCCCCAUUCUCCCGCUUUCCAUCACCCCGCCCCAUUCUUCCGCUUUCCAUCACCCCGCCCCAUUCUCCCUCUUUCCAUCUCCCCGCCCCAUUCUCCCUCUCUCCAUCACCCCGCCCCAUUCUCCCGCUUUCCAUCACCCCGCCCCAUUCUCCCGCUUUCAAUCACCCCGCCCCAUUCUUCCGCUUUCCAUCACCCCGCCCCAUUCUCCCUGUUUCCAUCAGCCCGCCCCAUUCUCCCCUUUUCCAUCACCCCGCCCCAUUCUCCCGCUUUCCAUUACCCCGCCCCAUUCUCCCGCUUUUUCAUCACUCCGCCCCAUUCUCCCUCUUUCCAUAUCCCCGCCCUAUUCUCCCUUUUUCCAUCACCGCGCCCCAUUCUCCCUCUUUCCAUCACCCCACCCCAUUCUCCCGCUUUCCAUCACCCCGCCCCAUUCUCCCGCUUUCCUUCACCCCGCCCCAUUCUCCCGCUUUCCAUCACCCCGCCCUAUUCUCCCGCUUUCCAUCACCCAGCCCCAUUCUCCUGCUUUCCAUCACCCAGCCCCAUUCUCCCGCUUUCCAUCACCCCGCCCCAUUCUCCCUCUUUCCAUCACCCCGCCCAAUUCUCCCUCUUUCCAUCACCCCUCCCCAUUCUCCCUCUUUCCAUCACCCCGCCCCAUUCUCCCGCUUUCCAUCACCCCGCCCCAUUCUCCCUCUUUCCAUCACACCGCCCCAUUCUCCUGCUUUCCAUCACCCCGCCCCAUUCUCCCUGUUCCAUCACCCCGCCCCAUUCUCCCGCUUUCCAUCACCCUGCCCCAUUCUCUCUCUUUCCAUCACCCCGCCCCAUUCUUCCUCUUUCCAUCACCCGCCCCAUUCUCCCCCAAUCCAUCACCUCGCCCCAUUUUCACUCAUUCCAUCACCUUGUCCCAUUCUCCUGCUUUCCAUCACCCCGCCCCAUUCUCCCGCUUUCCAUCACCCCACUCCAUUCUCCCGCUUUCCAUCACCCUGCCCAAUUCUCCCUCUUUCCAUCACCCCGCCCCAUUCUCCCGCUUUCCAUCACCCCGCCCCAUUCUCCCUCUUUCCAUCACCCCGCCCCUUUCUUUCUCUUUCCAUCACCCCGCCCCAUUCUCCCUCUUUCCACCACCCCGCCCCAUUCUCCCUGUUUUCAUCACCCCGCCCCAUUCUCCCGUUUUCCAUCACCCUGCCCCAUUCUCCUGCUUUCCAUCACCCCGCCCCAUUCUCCUUCUUUCCAUCACCCCGCCCCAUUCUCCCGCUUUCCAUCACCCCGCCCUGUUCUCCCUCUUUCCAUCACCCCGCCCCAUUCUCCCUCUUUCCAUCACCCCGCCCCAUUCUCCCGCUUUCCAUCACCCCGCCCCAUUCUCCAUCUUUCCAUCACUCCACCCCAUUCUCCCGCCUUCCAUCACCCCGCCCCAUUCUCCAUCCUUCCAUCACCCCGCCCCAUUCUCCCUCUUUCCAUCACCCCGCCCGGUUCUCCAGCCUUCCAUCACCCAGCCCCAUUCUCCCUCUUUACCUCACCCCGCCCCAUUCUCCCGCUUUCCAUCACCCCGCCCCAUUCUCCCUCUAUCCAUCACCCCGCACCAUUCUCCCGCUUUCCUUCACCGCGUCCCAUUUUCCCGCUUUCCAUCACCUCGCCCCAUUCUCUUUCUUUCCAUCACCUCGCCCCAUUCUCCCGCUUUCCAUCACCCCGCCCCAUUCUCCCGCUUUCCAUCACCCCGCCCCAUUCUCCCGCUUUCCAUCACCCUGCCCAUUCUCCCGCUUUCCAUCAUCCCGCCCCAUUCUCCCUCUUUCCAUCACCCCGCCCCAUUCUCCCGCUUUCCAUCACCCCGCUCCAUUCUCCCGCUUUCCAUCACCCCGCCCAAUUCUCCCUACUUCCAUCACCCCUCCCCAUUCACCCUCUUUCCAUCACCCCGACCUAUUCUCCCUCUUUCCAUCACCCCGCCCCAUUCUCCCUCUUUCCAUCACCCCGCCCCAUUCUCCCUCUUUCCAUCACCCUGCCCUAUUCUCCUUGUUUCCAUCACCCUGCCCCAUUCUCCCUUUUUACAUCACCCCGCCCCAUUCUCCCGCUUUCCAUCACCCCGCCCCAUUCUCCCGCUUUCCAUCACCCCGCCCCAUUCUCCCGCUUUCCAUCACCCCGUCCCGUUCUCCCGCUUUUCAUCACCCCACCCCGUUCUCCCGCUUUCCAUCACCCCGCCCCGUUCUCCCGUUUUCCAUCACCCCGCCCCGUUCUCCCUCUUUCCAUCACCCCACCCCAUUCUCCCGUUUUCCAUCACCCCUCCCCAUUCUCCCUCUUUCCAUCACCCCGCCCCAUUCUCCCGCUUUCCAUCACCCCGCCCCAUUCUCCCGCUUUCCAUCACCCCAAGCCAUUCUCCCUCUUUCCAUCACCCCGCCUCAUUCUCCCGCUUUGCAUCACCCCGCCUUAUUCUCCCGCUUUCCAUCACCCCGCCCCAUUGUCCCUCUUUCCAUCACCCCGCCCCAUUCUCCCACUUUCCAUCACCCUGCCCCAUUCUCCCUCUUUCCAUCACCCCACCCCAUUCUCCCGCUUUCAAUCACCCCGCCCCAUUCUCCCCCUUUCCAUCACCCCGCCCCAUUCUCCUGCUUUCCAUCACCCCGCCCCAUUCUCCCGCUUUCCAUCAACCCGCCCCAUUCUCCCUCUUUCCAUCACCCCGCCCUAAUCUCCCUCUUUCCAUCACCCUGACCCAUUCUCCCGCUUUCCAUCACCCCGCCCCAUUCUCCCGCUUUCCAUCACCCCGCCCCAUUCUUCCGCUUUCCAUCAGCCCGCCCCAUUCUCCCUCUUUCCAUCUCCCCGCCCCAUUCUCCCUCUCUCCAUCACCCCACCCCAUUCUCCCGCUUUCCAUCAACCCGCCCCAUUCUCCCGCUUUCAAUCACCCCGCCCCAUUCUUCCGCUUUCCAUCACCCAGCCAAAUUCUCCCUGUUUCCAUCAGUCCGCCCCAUUCUCCCUCUUUCCAUCACCCCGCCCCAUUCUCCCACUUUCCAUUACCCCGCCCCAUUCUCCCGUUUUUCAUCACCCCGCCCCGUUCUCCCUCUUUUCAUAACCCUGCCCUAUUCUCCCUCUUUCCAUCACCCUGCCCCAUUCUACCUCUUUCCAUCACCCCACACCAUUCUCCCGCUUUCCAUCACCCACACCCCAUUCUCCCGCUUUCCUUCACCCCGCCCCAUUCUCCCGCUUUCCAUCACCCCGCCCUAUUCUCCCUCUUUCCAUCACCCUGCCCCAUUCUCCCGCUUUCCAUCACCCAGCCCCAUUCUCUUGCUUUCCAUCACCCCGCCCCAUUCUUCCUCUUUCCAUCACCCCGCCCAAUUCUCCCUCUUUCCAUCACCCCUCCCCAUUCUCCCUCUUUCCAUCACCCCGCCACAUUCUCCCGCUUUCCAUCACCGCGCCUCAUUAUCCCUCUUUCCAUCACCCCGCCCCAUUCUCCCGCUUUCCAUCACCCCGCCCCAUUCUCCCUCUUUCCAUCACCCCGCCCUAUUCUCCCGCUUUCCAUCACCCGCCCCAUUCUCCCGCUUUCCAUCACACUGCCCCAUUCUCCUGCUUUCCAUCACCCCGCCCCAUUCUCCCGCUUUUCAUCACCCCACCCCAUUCUCCCGCUUUCCAACACCCCGGCCCAUUCUCUCGCUUUCCAUCACCCCGCCCCCUUCUUCCUCCUUCCAUCACCCCGCCCCAAUCUCCCUCCUUCCUUCACCCCGCCCCAUUCUCCCGCUUUCCAUCACCCUGCCCCAUUCCUCCGCUUUCCAUCACCCCGCACCAUUCUCCCACUUUCCAUCACCCCGCCCCAUUCUCCCGCUUUCCAUCACCCCGCGCCAUUCUUCCGCUUUCCAUCACCCCGCCCCCUUCUCCCCCCUUCCAUCACCCCGCCCCAUUCUCCCUCCUUCCAUCACCCCGCCCCAUUCUCCCGCUUUCCAUCAGCCCGCCCCAUUCUCCCGCUUUCCAUCACCCCGCCCCUUUCUCCCGCUUUCCAUCUCCCUGCCCCAUUCUCCCGCUUUCCAUCACCCCGCCCCAUUCUCCCGCUUUCCAUCACCCCGCCCCAUUCUCCCGCUUCCCAUCAUCCCGCCCCAUUCCCCCGCUUUCCAUCACCCCUCCCCAUUCUCCCUCCUUCCAUCACCCCGCCCCAUUCUCCCGCUUUCCAUUACACGCCCCACUCUCCUGCUUUCCAUCACCCAGCCCCAUUCACCCGCUUUCCAUCACCCGCCCCAUUCUCCCGCUUUCCAUCACCUUGCCCCAUUCUCCCACUUUCCAUCACCCCACCCCAUUCUCUCGCUUUUCAUCACCCCGCCCCAUUCUCCCGCUUUCCAACACCCCGCCCCAUUCUCCCGCUUUCCAUCACCCCGCCCCAUUCUCCCGCUUUCCAUCACCCCGCCCCAUUCUCCCGCCUUCCAUCACCCUGCCCCAUUCUCCCGCUUUCCAUCACCCCGCCUCAUUCUCCCGCUUUCGAUCACCCCACCCCAUUCUCCCGCUUUCCAUCAUCCCGCCCCAUUCUCCCUCUUUCCAUCACCCCGCCCCAUUCUCCCGCUUGCCAUCUCCCCGCCCCAUUCUCCCUCCUUCCAUCACCCCGCCUCAUUCUACCUCCUUCCAUCACCCCGCCCCAUGCUCCCGCUUUCCAUCACCCCGCCCCAUUCUACCGCUUUCCAUCACCCCGCCCCAUUCUCCCUCCUUCCAUCACCCCGCCCCAUUCUCCUGCUUUCCAUCAGCCCACCCCAUUCUCCCGCUUUCCAUCUCCCCGCCCCAUUCUCCCUCCUUCCAUCACCCCGCCUCAUUCUACCUCCUUCCAUCACCCCGCCCCAUGCUCCCGCUUUCCAUCACACCGCCCCAUCCUCCCGCUUUCGAUCACCGCGCCCCAUUCUCCUGCUUUCCAUCACCCCGCCCCAUUCUCCCGCUUUCCAACACCCCGCCCCAUUCUCCCGCUUUCCAUCACCCCGCCCCAUUCUCCCGCUUUCCAUCACCCCGCCUUAUUCUCCCUCCUUCCAUCACCCCGCCUCAUUCUCCCUGCUUCCAUCACCUCGCCCCAUUCUCCCGCUUUCCAUCACCCCGCCCCAUUCUCCCGCUUUCCAUCACCCAGCCCCAUUCUCCCACUUUCCAUCACCCCGCCCCAUUUUCCCGCUUUCUAUCACCCUGCCCCAUUCUCACGCUUUCCAUCACCCUGCCCCAAUCUCCCGCUUUCCAUCACCCCGCCCCAUUCGCCCUCCUUCCAUCACCCCGCCCCAUUCUCCCGCUUUACAUCACCCCGCCCCAUUCUCCCGCUUUCCAUAACCCCGCCCCAUCCUCCCUCCUUCCAUCACCCGCCAC